GGGGAAGUGGUGACGGGAGAUAAUCCGGGAGUGACGUCCAGAACGUGGGAGCUGUUUCCGAGCGUGGCCAGCCAACGGGCUGCAGCGCCGACUUUACUGCGCGAGCCUGUCAAACACAACCAACACAGCCGACAUGGCGGACUGGGACGCUGAAACCUUCGAGCCGGAGGAGCCGAUUAAAAAGGCGGCAGUGCUGGACAAGUGGGAAGGCGAGGACGAAGAUGAAGACGUUAAGGAUAACUGGGAUGACGAUGAAGAGGAGGAGAAAAAAGUAGAAGUCAAGAAGACGGAGACGAAGGUGUCUGAAAAGAAAAAGCUGACUGAAAAGAUUAAAGAGAAAGAAAAUCAGUUACGGAAGAAACAACAAGAACUGAAAAAGGAGAUGGAAGAGAAACCAGAAGAACUUACUCCAGAGGAACAACUCGCAGAAAAGUUACGAGUUCAGAAACUACAGGAAGACGCAGACUUGGAGCUAGCAAAAGAUGCUUUUGGUGUUAGUACCGUCACAGGAAUCGAUGCCAUGUGUCCAUCUUCCAAAGAAGAAUUCACAGAAUUUGAAAAGUUGCUGAAAGAAAAGAUAACUCAAUUUGAAAAAUCUGUCCAUUAUUCAAGUUUCUUGGAUUCAUUGUUUCGGGAACUUUGUAUUUCAUUGGAAGUAGAGGACUUGAAGAAAAUUAGUGGUUCCCUUUCAGUCCUACUUAGUGAAAAACAGAAACAGGAAAAACAAAACAAAGGAAAGAAAAAGAAGAAAGGCGUGGUACCUGGAGGUGGACUGAAAGCACAGAUGAGAGACGAGCUUGACUAUGCAGAGUUUGACGGUGGUUACGCCCAGGACUACGAGGACUUCAUGUGACAUAGGCUCCAUUAUUACUUUCCUCCCUUCCUUCCUAACCCUCAAAACUACAGCUGUACCUUCCCAUGCUGUCCAGUGCCAUCCUGGGAAAUCUGAACUGUGUGCCCCUCCUCCUUUCAUUUUGCUUCAGUUACCAGAGGGACUAUACCUGGGAGCAUCCAGUCUCAGCACUCUUAACAUACAGAACGGCCUUUUUUUUUCUGUCUCAUUCAGCCUCGACUCGCACACGAUCAUGUGGAAUCUGUUGUGUGACCCAGCUUCAAAGGAGAAUACAUCUUUAACUGCUGCUGUCAGGAUUUUGCAGGUCUUUUUUUAUUAUUAAAAGGUUGCUCCUGUUUAAAAAUGGCAGACACAGUAUGGCAGGUUCAAGUAAAGUGACAUAGAAACAAGGUUCUAUGCAAAUUCCUUAACCAGAAUGUCAUGUAUUAUAGGUCACACUGAAGUGUGUUUAGGUCUUUUACAGGAAAAAUGUAUAUAAUAAAUAUCUCUUGGGUUGCCAAAUGCAGAACAAUUAUUCAGUUCAUUAUUCAUCUCUAUCUCUGGAACAGUUGCAUUGUGGGUUAAUUGAGAGAGGCAUACCAUAUGAGUAGUUGUAAUUUUACAGAGCGCACAUGACAUUCAAUGUAAGUUAAAAGGGAUAGAGUAUAAUAAAUGUGACUUUAAAACCUCACAGCCAUUCUCUUGAUACAUCUCUGGAAUAUUCUUGAAAAUAUGAAGCAAAUGACGCUUAAAGGUAUUUUCUUUUGCAUGACAGAAAUGUAACUUACUAAUUUGAGUUUUACUAAUGCGAAAAAAAAACAAAAACAUACAGAUCAGGCAAGUGUAGUAACUUGCUGCAACUGGUCUCUUUAAUUGUUGCUUCUGCAGGCUUGUAUCAAGUAUGAUGAGGAGCGGAGGCUAAUGGGCUUCACCCCCACGUCUUCAUAUGGGCUUCAGUUAGUUAAAAGGGGCGUCUUUCUCCCUUUUUUUUUUUUCUUUUCUAGCUAAAGACCAGUUCCAAUCUCACACAGACAAUUUGAAACAUGCAGUUUUGAACAUGUGACAUCUGUUUUAUAAGCAUCUAAUUUAAUAAACGACUGGUCAAGCGAGCAAA